CUGGGGGCUGUACCGGGAGCAGCGUGCUAGGACUAUUUCCAUGUAAUGUCGUUGUAGUUACAUGUCUAUUACUAUGUGGAAUGACUGAUUUUUCAUAAAAACUAGCCUAAACGAAAAACACUUACUGAAAAAGACGGCAACAUUUUAGCAGGCAUAAUUUCAAAGAAAUGGAUCCCAUAACGAAGUGGACUCCUAAGCAAGUUGUCGAUUGGAUGAGAGGCCUGGACGACAGCCUACAGCAGUAUGUCCCGUACUUUGAGCGGGAGAAGAUUGACGGGGAGCAGCUGUUGAAGAUCUCCCACCAGGAUCUCCUAGAGCUGGGGAUGACCAGGAUCGGACACCAGGAACUGGUGCUGGAGGCUGUCGACCUGCUCUGUGCUCUGAACUACGGGGUGGAGAAAGACAACCUGAAGACUCUGGUGGGUCGUAUGAGAGCGGCGUCCAACAACCUCCAGAACUCAGCGUCUGAGCGCAGGAAGAACCCGUCGUACGAGAGGAAGAACUCCCACAAACCCCCCAACGACUUCCUCACUGCCGUGGUGGAGCUCAUCGGAGCCGCCAAGAGUCUGCUGGCCUGGCUGGACAGGACUCCUCUGACAGGGAUCAGUGACUUCACCUCCACUAAGAACCGGAUCAUUCAGCUGUGUCUGGAGCUCACCUCCACCGUUCAGAAGGACUGCACAGUUUAUGAGAUGGAGGAGAAGAUACUAGAAGUAUCUGUGGCUCUGAACGUGAUCUGUGAGCAGACGAUGAGGAUGACUUCCGACCCUCACAAGAGUCAGAUGGCCUGUCUGGAGGAGGUCCACAUCACCAACAUCAGACCUGGAGAAGGACUGGGGAUGUAUAUCAAAUCCACCUACGAUGGGCUUCACGUCAUCACUGGAACCACAGAACAUUCUCCGGCAGACAGAACACACAGGAUCCACGCUGGAGACGAGGUCAUCCAGGUCAACAAGCAGACAGUGGUGGGCUGGCAGCUGAAGAACCUGGUGGGUAAGCUGAAGGCGGACACCGCAGGCGUUAGUCUUGUGGUGAAGAAGAGGCCCUCGGGGACCUGUAGCUUCACCCCGGCCCCCCUGAAGAACAUGCGCUGGAGGCCCCCCCUAGUGCAGAGUGCCCCCAGUAUGCCCAAGAUCCAGUCUCCAAAACAUGUCCUCUCAGAAGCCCUCAUGAAGAAAGAGAAGCAGACCAAUCUGGACCUGUUUAUCCCUCCUCCCCCCACUGUCCCCUACACCCCACGGGAUGGGAAGCCUAAAGUGAGUGUGAGUGUCAAACUGAGACCAAAGGGUUCUCAGUCUCCUAACUCCUUCCUGGAUGAAGGUAGACGACGCUUCACCAUCGCAGACUAUGACAGCAAGAUUACAGUCUGUCUUCCCCCUGAGCCCAACAUCCAACCAGCCCCAGUAUCCCGCCUGAGACAACGGACCUCCACACGGGGUAAACCGCGGCCCCUAUCCAUGCCUGUAGACUCGUGUCUGGGCAUGUCUGAUUCGUCCUCCAGACCCUGGCCUCAAGGGAGGAAAGGAGAGGACAUCAUUCACAGAUACCUAAGUAACGAGCGGAUCGCCACCAUCUCUGAGGAGGCCCCGUGCUUUCCCCUACCCUACAGACCCCUGGAGGGGCGGUCUGGCCAGCUGAUCCGUGGCGUCGACCACAUCAGGGGCUCCCAGUGCUUCAUCAAUGCUGACCUGCACAACAGCACCACCAUCCCAUACCGGGAGGCAUCAUCCAAAAAUUCCCCAGCUACGACUGUGAUCCCUGCUGCUGCUGCUACUCCCAAACAUCCUCCUUCGGAACCCACUUCGAUCCUGGGGGGCUGGCUAGCCCGCCUCAGGCUGCUGAGUCAUUGACGAGUGCCUAGACCUUGUGGAACGUGUCCCCCCAGUGCCUUUACCUUGCUAUCAUCGAAUAGUGGUCUCUCCACUCAGUAUUCUGACUAACACGUACCAACCUGGAACAUUCUGUUGGAAUAUGGAACGCUAAGCAGUCUUUGGAAGCUCUGACGGAAGAUCUUGCUUCAUUUCAACACUACAUAGUGUAGUGGUAGACCAUUUGGUUGAAUCUCUUGCUACAUUUGAACUCCUCGGGGUGACACAUUUUUCGUUUAGAUUCAAUAUGCUGACAGAUUCUGACAGUGUUCCAUCUUUUGUGGAGGGGUUAAAAAAAAAGAGAAGGAUUAUAAUUCAGGUUUAGGAAACAUUUGCCUUGCUUCUGUAGGUGAAUUCUCCUCUGUGUAAAUUGUUAAGUUAUUUAGUUGGUGUCUGUCUACAGAUUUCUUGUAAAUAUGUUUAAAUCUUUUUAAGAAGUUGAUUUGAUUUAUUUUGGAAGUUGGUAUAGAUAUAAUGCCUAUCAUUUUUAUUUGAGCUAGUGUGCUUCUCUCUUCAUAGUGUUUCAUGUUAUUAUGCGCUGGAAAUAACUGCCAGAGUUGACCUUUUUUUAAGCUACUGUAUGAAUGAGGAAAACUCUUGAUCCGGUUCUGUUACAAACAGUGUAAGUGUGUGUGCGUGCGUGUGUCCGUGAGUGUGUGUGUGUGUGUGUGUGUGUGUGUGUGAGUCAGUGAGCGUGCGUGCGCGCAUAUUUUUGUGAACUUCAGGUAACAUUUAAAAAAUGUGUAACUACUUUAUCUCACUAACUGGUCCUCAAUAAAGCAGGUGUGAGUGACCAUUGAUGUGUUUAAACCCUUGGGGGGGCUGCCGAGUGUUGCACUGCAUUGCAGUGCUUGAGGCGUCACUACAGACCCGGGUUCGAUCCC